AUGGUCGCCAAGCGAACCGUGCUUAUAUCCGGAUGUUCAGACGGGAGCUUGAGCUCGGAACUCGCCCGUGCCUUUCACAGAAAUGGCUGGCGAGUCUUUGCCUCAGCCCGUAACUUGGCCAAGCUAAAGACGGCUCAAGGCGCGGGUAUUGAGAUUGUGCAGCUUGACACAACUUCGGACGAGUCCAUAGCAGCCUGUGUGGCUCAAAUCUCAGCGCUUACUGGUGGCUCUUUGGACGUCCUCAUCAACAAUGCUGGCGCUGGUUAUUCGAUGCCAGUCCUGGAUCUUGACAUUGACCAGACCCGGCAGUUAUUCGAACUCAACGUCUUUUCUCUCAUUACUGUUACGCGUGCUUUCUUCCCGCUGCUUGUCAAGUCAUCCACCGGUGGCUUGGUAGUUAACAACACCUCAUGCAUGGCACUGCCUCACGCCUCCAUGCCAUUCUCGGGAGCCUACAAUGCCUCUAAAGCUGCCGCAGCGAACUUUAGUGAAGUGCUACGGCUUGAACUUGCCCCCUUCGGAGUCAAGGUGACCAACCUAGUGACGGGCGCUGUUAAAUCGACUUUCCAUGCCAACGCACCUCAUAUCUCGCUGCCACCCACCUCAAUCUAUAACGUUGCCAAAGAGGCGGUUGAGAAGUGGAUGUCGGGAGAAGAAGCAACUGCUACGGGUGCAGAUCCGUUCAAAUGGGCAGAGGAUGUCGUAAAAGAGCUCAACAAACCCAGCCCGCCGCUCUGGGUUUGGAAAGGCAAGCAUGCUAUGGCGGCGCGGAUUGGUUCAUUCUUACCGGUCGGUGCUUUGGAUGGCAUUUACAAGAGCAGGACUGGCUUGAAUGAGGUAUCACGCAAGCUUAAAGAGCAAGGUGGAUCGAGCAGUAUCAAUAGGACCCCGUAA